AUAGUCUGAGCCGUGUCUGGUGACGGUGCUGUCAAAGUGAAACUAGGCUAAGGGGGCGGGCAGGGGAUAUUUCAGGAGAAGCGGAGCGUCAGCUGUGCCACAUGUCACUGCUGUCCAGAGCAGGUCCGACAUUGGGAUUCAACUACAACACACUGCUGGAAUGGCAUCUCCCAGCAGCAUGUUGGCGGAGGAGCAGGUGCACUGUUCAAUCUGUCUGGAUGUGUUUACCAACCCCGUCUCCAUCCCAUGCGGACACAACUUCUGCAUGGCCUGCAUCGGCAGCUACUGGAAGUCCAGCGCUCUUUUCAUGUGCCCGAUGUGCAAAAAGACCUUCUUCAAGCAGCCCGACAUCAGCAUCAACACAGUGCUCCGAGAAAUCGCCGAGAAGUUCAAGGAAAUGAAAAGAAAUCCAAUUGUAAGUCUACAAAGCGCAACUCAACCGGACCCAACACCGAGCCCUGUGGAACUCCCCAUUGAGAUGCCUGAACUGAUUCCUCCGAACGCACCGUGGGCUCAGGAGGUGUCCUGCGACGUGUGCACUGGCCCUCAGAGACGGGCCGUGAAGUCCUGCUUGGUUUGUUUGACGUCGUAUUGCGAGGAGCAUCUGAAGACGCACACCGUACGCUUCACCAAACACAAGCUGAUCGAGCCCGUGCUGAAUCUGGAGGACCGCAUGUGUAAGAAGCACGAGCGGCUGCUGGAGCUCUUCUGUAAGAAGGAUCAGACCAUAGUGUGUGUGUUGUGCACAGAGAUGGAGCACAGGGCGCAUUACACUAUCCCCGUCGAGCGAGAGUGGGCCGAGAAGAAGGCAUUACUGAGGAAAACUGAAUCUGAAGUCCAGCAGAUGAUCCAGGACAGACUGAAGAAAGUUGAUGAGAUCAAACACUCCAUAGAGCUGAACAAAAGCGGCGCUCAGCGGGAGGUGGAGGACAGCAUGCAGGUGUUCUCAGACCUGAUCCGAGCGCUCCAGAAGGCUCAGGCCGAGCUGGUGCUGGACAUCGAGGAGAAGCAGAGGAAAACUGAGAGCAGAGCUAAUGAACAAAUCCAGGAGCUGGAGCAGGAGAUCACAGUGCUGAAGACCAGGAACGAGGAGUUAGAGUAUCUGUCACACACUGAGGACCACAUACACUUCCUGCAGAACUUUCCCUCAUUGAUGUCUCACCCACACACUAAAGACUGGUCUGAGAUCUGUGUGCAUGCGGAUCCGUGUGUCGGCACCAUCAGGAGAGCAGUGCUCAAACUGGAGGAGACUCUGACUGAAGAAGUGGAGAAGCUCGCAGAAGCAGAGCUGAGGAGGGUUCAGAAGUACUCAGUGGACGUGACCUUUGACCCGGACACGGCGAACCCUUGGCUCCAGCUGUCGGAGGAUGGUCAUCAGAUUCGUCACCUGGGCUCGUGGCAGGACCUACGGGAUGCUCCGGAGCGGUUCGAUACGGUGGUGAUCGCUCUGGGCCGGCAGGGCUUCUGUUCUGGCCGCCGCUACUGGGAGGUUCAGGUGGGCGAGAAGGACGACUGGUACCUGGGAGUUGCCCGCGGGUCUGUCAACAGAAAGGGCAGGAUCUCAGUGAGUACAACUCAGGGUUACUGGGCUCUAGCCAUGAAGAAGGGCCAGGAGUACAGGGUCUCGUCCUCUCCGCCACUGCUGGUGUCCGUCGAACAUAAACUGAAGAGAGUAGGCGUCUAUGUGGACUACGAGGAAGGACAGGUGUCGUUUUAUGACGUGCAGAACAAGAGUCACAUCUACACCUUCAUGGACACGUUUAAAGAAAAGCUCUUUCCGUUCUUCUACCUGUACUGCUGCGAUAAAGCCUCCGAUACCAUGAUCAUCUGCCCCGUUCAGGAGACGCCGCAUACUAAACAGUGCUGAGUACUCCCGCACAUUUAAAUACUGUAGUAAUAUAGAGCCGACGUCAGAAUCAUUAUUCCUUCAGCGACUGCUAUUUGAUGAGCAUGAAGAAAUAAAUAUGAGCAUAAAAAUAACCUAAAAACAACAAUAGUUGUGAAAGAGUGCAACAGAAAAACAUCACACAGAAAACAAAUUAAUUUUGAUAAAAUGAAAUGGAAUUCCUGAUAGUCCAUGACUUGACACAAAAACAAACAAACAAACAAACAAACAAACAAACAAACAAACAAAGUCCCUGACUUCUAAUGUUUGGAAUAAAAAAAAAAAAUUGUACGAUAUUCCAAAAUUUCUGUUGUUGGGAUUCUAUAGUUGCUAUGGCAACACAGCAACUACAGUAAUUGAUCUUUUGAGGUGUUUCUGCAGUUGCUAUGGUAACACAAAAACUACAGUAAUUGAUCUGUUGUGGUGAUUCUGCAGUUGCUAUGGUAACACAACAACAACUGCAAUCAUUUAUCUGAUGUGGUGAUUCUAUGGUUGCUAUGGUAACACAUCAACAACAACAACAGUAACUGGUCUGUUGUGGGGAUUCUGCAGUUGCUAUAGUAACACAGUAUUUGUAGUAAUAUAAACAUUUAACCUGAUAGGCUACUAUAGGGAAUAUUACACUCCAGUACACUUAACUGUAGUAAAAUCUAAAGUAUACUACUACAGUUUAUGAAUUGACUAUAGGUAUUACUACAGUAUGCUGAAGUAUUUAAUAAUGCUAAUUUUAUAUAGUAGGAGGUUCAAAAACACUAUUAGUAUUUACUAUGAAUUACUGUAGUAUUUUUUUAUGUGAGCUACUUUCUGUUUUUAAUGUGCUUCCACAUUAUAAUGCUCUCGGUUGUGACUGCAUGGCCACGAACUUCCAGCACCUGCAAAAUAAUGAAUUAUUAUCCUCCAUUUUUAUGCGUUUGUACUUGUAUGUAUAGAACUGAAUGUUGAAAUAAACAUGUAAAGCAGU